AUGGUGGGUUUCGAAAUAGAUGUGUCUACGAACAAGUCGUUCUCCAAAUCUUUGGACGAAGCUGUAAUCCCUAGCCGUCCAUUUUUCAACACUUUACUGCGUAUCAUGGCAACGAGGUGCAUGCAGCAAGCGGUUUAUUUCUCCAGCGGGAGCAAAACUCAAGAGGAGUUCUACCAUUAUGGACUUGCGUGUCCCAUUUAUACUCAUUUCACGUCGCCUAUACGACGUUACGCGGACGUGAUCGUGCACCGGCUGCUGGCCGCGUGCGUAGGCUGCGACGUGACGCACGCCACGCUGCUGGACACCAAGGAGGCGGCCGCCAUCUGCGACAACCUCAACUACAGACAUCGUCAGGCGCAGUACGCGGGCCGGGCCUCGGUCGCGCUCAACACUCAUAUAUUGUUUAAAAACCGCGUAGAAAUAGAAAAGGCCGUAGUGCUUGCUGUGAAACGGAACGCAUUACAAGUUCUUAUACCGAAAUACGGGUUGGAAGGUCCACUGUAUUUGCCGUCAGAUAAAUUUCUAUACAAUGGAGAAGAACAUCUCCAGUCGUGUGGUGACGUAGUGUUGCGUACGUUUGACGAGCUGACUGUACGACUGAGUCUGGACAGCACAAACUUACAACAUAGAAAACUGGUCUUCCAACUAGUCGAGCCUUACGUGCCUGACUUUAGCUACGUACCCGAAAACAAAGACAGCAUGGAUGUGGAUGAAGAAUCUAAAGAAAAAAUCAACGUUGAAGGUUUUAAAGAUUCCAAUAAGAGAAAAGAAGAAGUAGUAGUUAAGAAAAGCAAAAAGAAAUCGAAAAAAAAGUAA